GUACAUUGGCGUCAUCAGCUGUGCGACACUGACAGCCGGGUGUACCGUAGCUCUUCCUGCCAGGGAGAUGGACUAACCAGGAGGGAUGUACGGGACAGAGCUGCCCAAGCUUGAUUCCUUCCGGCGUUUAGCUUGAGAUUGCUGAUCCUGUAUCAUCUGAUCAUGGGAAUCCUGUUCGCCAAGAUAUGGAGGCUGUUCAGUCACCAGGAACAUAAAGUAAUUAUCGUGGGACUUGAUAAUGCCGGAAAAACAACUAUACUAUAUCAGUUCUCUAUGAAUGAAGUUGUGCACACAUCCCCUACAAUAGGAAGCAAUGUAGAAGAAAUAGUCGUUAAUAACACACGGUUUCUAAUGUGGGAUAUUGGAGGUCAAGAAUCACUUCGUUCUUCUUGGAAUACCUAUUACACAAACACAGAGUUUGUAAUCGUCGUUGUGGAUAGCACAGACAGAGAGAGGAUUUCUGUAACCAGAGAAGAAUUAUAUAAAAUGUUAUCCCAUGAGGACUUGAAGAAAGCGGGGCUGCUGGUUUUUGCAAACAAGCAAGAUGUAAAGGAGUGUAUGACGAUUGCAGAAAUAUCGCAAUUCUUGAAACUGACUUCUGUCAAGGACCAUCCCUGGCACAUACAAGCAUGCUGUGCUUUAACAGGAGAAGGCCUGUGUCAAGGACUUGAAUGGAUGAUGUCGAGACUUAAAGCUAGAUGACCACAGUGACUCAUGGAAAGGGACGGUACCUCUGCAAAAUGCUGUGUUUAUGACUCCCUGAACUGCUACAAUCUAAAAAAAACAUUGCAUUCAAAUGUGUCCAUGGGCAAGAAUGAAUGUUCCAGAAGUCUGUGAAUUUGGAAGCAAAACUCUAUUCAGCUUUCCUUUUUCUUUUUAAAACGGUGACAGUCUCUGCAAGUUUAUUCUUCCCUUCAAUAUGGGAAAGAAGAAUUUUAAACACUCGGCUUUUUAUAAAGUAAUUUUACAAGUCUGAAUCAUAGGAGCCGAAUGUAGCUGGGCCCGGUAACAACCUCUAGGAGCUAAAUUUAGCACACACUUAAUGACUGAUCAGUAUUUCUAGACUUAAAUUGAAUACAGAAACCUAUGUUAUGUACAUAUCACUUUGUAUUUCCUGUGUGCUAGCAUGCUUGCUCCUGUAUUUGUACUAACAAGGAACUAUCACCUUGUAACUAUGAACACAACACCUUGUGGACAGGUAUUGCUGGAAGGCUAGUGUAUCUGGAACCACAUCCAGUAAGCCAGCAACAGUGCCUCCUGCAUAUUCAUCUGGGUAUAUGUGUAGAUAACCCCAAUUCACCUUUGGCUUAGGAGAGUUUUGUUUUUCAUACUGGCCUUUAGUGCAGUAGGAUGGUUUAGCUGUGGAAAUGUUUCUUCUGAGUAUUUUAUUAUUCUCUUGCUCUAUAAGGAAUGACAUUUUCAGUGGCAUACUCCAAUGCAGGUGUCUCUAAACUCAUGAUGCUGAAUUGUAUCUCCAAGUAUCCCAGUAAUAUCCAAGGCAACAUCUGGAGGGCUGCAGGUAUCUACAUUUCUAGACUUUUGAAAUGCCAGUGAUUAUUUCCUGCUGAUCCUUGUGAGCUCAAGGCUACACCUGCCACCGUUAUUAUGGCACCCCAAGGAUUUUCAGUUUCCUUUCAGCACCUUAAAGGACAUUGUGAAUGAGUCUUAACAUUUGAUUGCACUCUACUUUGUCCAAACAAUUAUCAAUGAUGGCUGGAAGUUGUCAUAAUAAAGUAGAGUUUAAA